AUGCUCGCUUCCACAUCCACCAACCCGGCCAUCCAGGCCUAUAAGGUCUACCACCUCUCCCAGACCAAGCUUGACCGGGAGUGCCGUCGACAAACCCCGGAUCUCCAUCGCAUCGUCCUGCAUGCCUCCAUCGUCGACAAUGUUCGUCGAUGGUCGCGUGACUUGGCCACCCCUUCUGAGGCGGUGGUGAUCGAGUCCGAGUCCGAUACAGACAGCGAUCCCUUCGAAGACUCGGCCUCCGAUGAGGAAGAAUACGAGGACGCCAUGUCUGCCGACCAGGUUGCCAUCUUUGACUGCGAGGUUGACGACGACAUGACGAUUGAACAACAGUCCCACACCAACGGCAAAGUCUACGCCGUACAGACUGGUGUCGUUCAGCAUGUGGAGGCCAAGGACGCCCAGUCCAACUCGGCGCCUGCCAGCCCCCGGAGACGAGCUCCUCCUCCACCGUCGGCUGCUAGCACGGCCUACGAACCCAACGACCAGAGCUGGAAGCAGAACCGACCGGUCACAGUGCGGGAAACGGCCAUUGAAGUCGACGGUGACGACUAG